AUACUCUCAAAAUUUUCAUAUAUUUACAGUGGCGGAGCCAGGGUCGGACCUUUGAGGGGCACAAUAGUAUACUGUGGGGUUGAAGAAUAGCGUCAGAUUUUAUCAAAUGAAAUAACAAACAAUGUUAUUCGAAUUAUGCCAAAAAAUAACCAAAAAUGAUAGUCGUAGUUCACAAAACGAAAUCUGACUUCUUCUUCCUCAUCAUCCUUCUCCAUCUUUCUUCUAGAUCUAAACAGAUCUGUAAUCUUACAGAGAUGGGGGAUGGCGGCGAAAGUGCUAGCAGUGAUGGAGGGCCGGCGGUGACAGAGUUCUGGCGGAGAUGGUGGGAUUGGCAGCGGUGGUAGGGUUGUGGUUGUGAUAAGGGACGAAUUGGAGGCGAUGGGGGGCAGACCUGGCGGUGACGACGGAAGUGCUGUGGCAGUGAUGUUGAAACUAAUGAUUGUGUUGGGGGAUGGCCAGGAAGGGAGGCUGCCGGAGACAGGGUGCGGACGGGGGGUUAGCGGCAAAGGGGUUGCAGAAAUUAGUGGUGUGGUGAAGCUAGACAUGGGAAGGGUAUUUUGGACUAAUUCACCUUAGAGUUAACCAUCAAUAAAAAUGACCAAAAGUCAAAACGUAAACAUUAAUACCGGACGGAGGGAGUAUUUAAAAAUGUAAAAAAUGAAUGUUUGAAACCCAGUUUGAAUCCCCGAGGAUUCAAAUCCAUUUCUAGUGAAUUUGUGAGGUAAGGCUGACAUGUCAGGGAGAAAUGUUGAAGCACCGAGGCUUCAUGGUAUUUCUAGUGCUCUUACUCUUAGCCUCUUAGGAUUCAUCUUCUUUCCUAGCAUCAAAGUCAUAUCAUUUUUCUAUCCUUUCUUUCCUCACAUCUUCAACUUCUUCUUUUCUAAAGAGGGAAUCAAAAGUUUCAAGCCGAAGAAUUCCCACUUUUUCUUUCUUUCUACCUCAGUUUCUCUUUCCUGUGUAAAGAAUCUUGUAAAUAGUGUUGGGUUUUCUCGGAAAGAUGAUCUCAGUGGUUUGGGAUCUUGGCGGGGAACACGAUCUAAUUCUCUCUGUCUGCUGCAUAUUUUAGUUUUCUAGAUUUUCUUUUUGAAAAGACAAGUCUUUGAUCGAUUCCUCCUCAAGGGUGCCUGCCCACACAAAGAUAGGGUUCUGAUUCCUUCAACUCCGGGGGGUUUUCUUGAUUUAAAUACAGAAAAUCGCCAUUGUUGGACCUCCACCUCCACAUCGGAAGACAUGGAGAUUCUUUCGCCGGCGGCGGCAACUUCUUCCUCGCCUUACCUGACGAACUCGAUCUGGGUGUUUGAGGAGACCAAAUGGACGGCGGCUGAGAACAAGGCCUUCGAGAGCGCGCUUGCUCUGUACGACAGGGACACGCCAGACCGGUGGAGGAAGGUGGCGGCGAUGGUGCCGGGGAAGACGGUCACGGACGUGAUGAGGCAGUACAAGGAACUGGAGGAUGAUAUUUGCAGCAUUGAGGCCGGACAUAUGGACCCCUUCCCCUUCCCGGCCACCUUGGAAUGGAGUCGCCCCGGCCCAUUCGACGCUCGGACCCAGUUCCUCGGUGCCGGCGGGAAGAGAUCUCCGUCCCACCGCCCGCCGGAGCCCGAACGGAAGAAGGGUAUCCCCUGGACCGAGGAAGAACACAAACUGUUCUUGAUGGGUCUGAAGAAAUACGGGAAAGGCGACUGGAGAAACAUCUCCCGCAACUUCGUCGUCACCAGGACGCCGACCCAAGUGGCCAGCCACGCGCAGAAGUAUUUCAUCCGGCAGAUCUCCGGCGGCGGGAAGGACAAGAGGAGAGCCAGCAUUCACGACAUAACCACAGUAAACCUCGACGAAACCCAAACGCCUCCUCCGGAUUACAACAAACAGACCGCAAUAACCACUCACCCGACAAACAUGUUCGUCUCCCCUUACUUUUGCACUCAGAUUAUGCCAUUUCAGUUUCAACCACAAACACAGUAUUAUUCUGGUUGAGAUUAGAGAACCAGAAAUGGGACGUUUCUUGGAAUUUCUCGCUUUAUUCUCUUGAGAAUUAAUGACGAGAAUCAAGAUGUAAUUAAUCUCAUGUUUGUAGUUAAGAAAAGAGACGAGAAAUGUUGGGCUUAUGAUGACUAGUGAAAUAUUGUAAAUUAAUCACCGGCAUGAAUGUUCAUCUCCAGCAUGAAAAUCUUUGUGAUGUGAAGUAGUCAUAAAUUUCUGAUAUAAUG